AUGGCUCGGGGCGGGACAGGGGCAGAAGAGGCCUCCCUGCGCUCCAACGCCCUGUCCUGGCUGGCCUGCGGCCUCCUGGCCUUGCUGGCCAAUGCCUGGAUCAUCCUCAGCAUCUCGGCCAAGCAGCAGAAGCACAAACCGCUCGAGCUGCUCCUGUGCUUCCUGGCGGGGACCCACAUCCUCAUGGCGGCCGUGCCGCUCACCACCUUCGCUGUGGUGCAGCUGCGGCGCCAGGCGUCGUCCGAUUACGACUGGAACGAGAGCAUCUGCAAGGUGUUCGUGUCCACCUACUACACGCUGGCGCUGGCCACGUGCUUCACGGUGGCGUCGCUGUCGUACCACCGCAUGUGGAUGGUGCGCUGGCCGGUGAACUACCGCCUGAGCAACGCCAAGAAGCAGGCGCUGCACGCCGUCAUGGGCAUCUGGAUGGUGAGCUUCAUCCUGUCCACGCUGCCCUCCAUCGGCUGGCACAACAAUGGCGAACGCUACUACGCCCGCGGCUGCCAGUUCAUCGUCUCCAAGAUCGGCCUGGGUUUCGGGGUGUGCUUCAGUCUCCUGCUUUUGGGGGGUAUCGUCAUGGGCUUGGUGUGCGUGGCCAUCACCUUCUACCAGACGCUCUGGGCCCGGCCGCGGACAGCCCGGCUGGCCCGCGGAGGCCGGGCGAACGGAGGAUCCAAGCCCGGAGGCCUGGGGAGUUUGGGGACCCGCGCGGCUUUUGAGGUGCCCGCCAUCGUGGUGGAGGACACGCGUGGGAAGCGGCGGUCCUCGCUGGACGGGUCCGAGUCGGCCAAGACGUCGCUGCAGGUCACCAACUUGGUCAGCGCCAUCGUCUUUCUCUACGACUCCCUCACCGGGGUGCCGAUCUUGGUGGUGAGCUUCUUCUCCCUGAAGUCGGACUCGGCCCCGCCCUGGAUGGUCCUGGCCGUGCUGUGGUGUUCUAUGGCACAGACGCUGCUGCUGCCCUCCUUCAUCUGGUCCUGCGAGCGCUACCGGGCCGACGUCCGCACGGUGUGGGAGCAGUGCGUGGCCAUCAUGUCGGAGGAGGACGGCGAUGAGGACGAGGGCUGUGAUGAGUACUCGGAGAGCCGCGUGUGCAAAGUCCGCUUCGAUGCCAAUGGAGCCACGGGACCGGGCAACGGGGACCCCGCUCAGGUGAAGCUGUUGCCCGGACGACAUAUGCUCUUCCCUCCGCUUGAGAGAGUACACUACUUACAGGUCCCCCUGUCCCGCCGGCUUUCCCACGAUGAGAUCAACACCGCCAGCCCGCGCAUGCCCGGAUCCUUCCUGCACAAAUGGUCGUCCUCGGAUGACAUCCGGGCCCUUGGGGGUCCCCCCGAUUACCUGAGGGCCAGGCUGGAGGACGAGGAGGAUGAAGAGGACGCUGAGGGCGGAGGGCUGGCUAGCCUCCGGCAGUUUCUAGAGAGCGGGGUUCUGGGGUCCGGUGGGGGACCCCCACGGGGUGCUGGCUUCUUCCGGGAAGAGAUCACCACGUUCAUCGAUGAGACACCUCUGCCUUCUCCCGCAGCCUCUCCACGGCCCUCUCCACGCCGGCCUCGGCCGCUGGGCCUCGCCCCCCGAAGGGCCUCCCUGGGGUCUCCAGAUGACAGAGGCCUUGGACUUCCUCUGGGGCCAAGUAUCGCGAGACGCUGCUCCCUGACUGGGAGCGAGGGAAGAAGCAGGGCUUGGGGGAGGCCCUGGAGCCCGGGGAACCCCAUCUUUUCCCAGCUGACCCUGUAG